GGAAGAAGAAGAGAUCACCACAUUCAAUAUCGAGGUACCACAGUAAAGAAUCAAUCAGUAAGUUGAUACAAUGUGUCUUUGCAGACUAAUUUAUUGUGCCCUCUAUUGUUUUGUUUGAUGCAAUGAUCCACCAAGUGAAUGAAACAAUACCGGGCUGAUAGAUGUCAUUUUUCAUGUUCCAAUUUAUUAUCUGAUUUCAAAUAUUGAGUGUCUAACAUUUCUAUUUUUUUUUCUUACCAGAAAUAAUAUCAAUUCAAAAUGACCAGAACUUCAGUCUUAGCCGAUGCUUUAAACGCCAUCAACAAUGCUUCCAAAGCUGGUAAACGUCAAGUCAUCAUUAGACCAUCCUCGAAAGUUAUUAUCAAAUUCUUAACUGUUAUGCAAAAGCACGGUUACAUUAAUGAGUUUGAAUACAUUGAUGAUCACAGAUCAGGUAAAAUUGUCAUUCAAUUAAAUGGUAGAUUGAACAAAUGUGGUGUUAUUUCUCCAAGAUUUAACGUUAGAAUCGCUGAUAUUGAAAAAUGGACCGACAAUUUAUUACCAGCUAGACAAUUUGGUUUUGUUAUUUUAACCACUUCUGCUGGUAUCAUGGAUCACGAAGAAGCUAGAAGAAAGCAUGUUUCAGGAAAAAUCCUAGGUUUUGUUUACUAAAUUAUAUUAAUUUACUUCUCAAUCGUUUGAUAAUUCAAUUUUAUCAAUUAAUUUAUGAUUUAAAAUUUUAAGAUUGACCAAAUUAAUUGAUUUUUUUAGUUAUCAUGAUUAUAUAGUUUAUUGUAUUUCUAGAACUUUACUGAAUUAAUAUAAAAGCUACAUCUGUAAUAUAU